AUGGGACGCUCCGACGGGCCAAAGCUGGAGGGCAGACUGCCAAAGGCGAUCGUGUUUGACUUGGACUUCACCCUGUGGGACUGCUGGUGCGAUACCCAUGUGACGCCGCCACUCAAGCGACGAGGUCAGGACAUCAACAAGGUGUACGACAAGCACGGCGAACUCCUCAGCUUUUACCGCGACGUUCCCGACAUCCUCCACAAACUGCACCAUUCCGGCGUUCACGUCGCUGCCGCCUCGCGAACACAUGCGCCAAAGGUCGCGCGACAAAUCCUGAGCGAGCUCCUCGUGCCGGGAUCGCAUCGAGACGACGCCAAGGACCCCUUGAAGGCAAAGGACGGCGAGAAAGUCGUCCCAGCUAUCCGACUAUUCGAUUCGAUGGAGAUCUACCCUGGGUCGAAGAUGGAACAUUUCCAACAGCUCAACACCAAGACGGGCAUCCCCUUCGAGGAGAUGCUUUUCUUUGAUGACGAGUCUCGCAACCGAGAAGUCGCCAAGCUAGGCGUGACGUUCACCCUCGUCAACGGCGGCGUGACACGGCAGCUAUUCGAGUCGGGCCUUGAGGCGUGGCGCAAGGGUCUUUCUGACAGACGCCCGGAGUAG